AUGAAAACAAGCACUGUGUGGACAGUAGUGAAGACAGUGUUGAAGACUGAUGGCCCCUUGGGUUUCUACCAAGGACUCACAUCCACCAUAGUGAGGGAGAUACCAGGUUACUUCUGCUUCUUUGGGGCCUAUGAACUGUGUCGGACUAAAUUUGCGCAGUAUAAGGGCACGGACAAAGAUAGUAUAGGUAUUCUUCCCCUCAUGUUCAGCGGUGGAUUUGGAGGAGCUUGUCUCUGGUUGACGGUUUAUCCCAUUGACUGUGUGAAGUCCAGGAUCCAGGUUUACUCUUUAGCUGGGAGGCAAGAGGGCUUCAUGAAGACCUUCAUGGGUGUUAUACGCACUGAGGGCUUCACUGCUCUGUACUCAGGCCUGACUCCCACCAUGAUACGCACCUUCCCUGUCAACGGAGCCCUCUUCCUGGCUUACGAGCUCAGUCGCAAGUUUAUGAUGGAUACGGCUGGUUACUGAUGUGUCUCCACACACAGAAAGUAUUGUGCUGAAACACUCUCUCGUCCUUGUGUAUUUUUAAAAUGAAAUGACUUAGAUUGUGUCUUAAUGUUUGAUUAAAUGUCACUUAAAAAUACUGAAAAUACUUUUGGUAUGGAUGUAUUUGAAUAUGAUAAACACAUUUUGUGCGG